AUGGCUUCCCAACUUCACUCGGCCUGGUGGCGUCAAAGUAUCACGGCGGAAGAAUUUUGUGACCGAAGCGGACUCGAUGGGUUUGAGAAGGCCUACUUCGUGCACCUGUUCAAGGAAAGAAAGCGAAAGGGGCAUACUUUGGCCGAAUUUAUUAUCGAGUUUGCAUCAUUUAAUUUGAGCAAACACCCGGGCAUCAUGACCAUCCAAGAUCCUGACAAUGUGGUCCAUCUAUGGCUGGAAAUGAUUCAAGAACGCAAGACGGCCUCGGCGGAUGAAACUAAUUCUUUCUACCGCAAGCUUCUUGCAAAAUAUGAAGCCAAGGAGACGAAGGGGCAGGCAACUGCUUGGAAUGAAAGUGAAACCAGACGACGAUCGGCAGCAUUCGACAGAGCAGAAAAAUCAACUGCUAGUCACGGCUACCCCAGUUUUGCCGUCAUCGAGGAGCUGCGAGGCCAGUUCGCUCAGUACGUUGACGCCCCCUCUUUAUGGAUGGGGCCGUACACCACAAUCAUCGGCCCCUCGGGGAUUGGCAAGACCUUUACCAUCAAGCAGUUUGCCGUACGCCACGGCUUCUACGUGGCGUAUUCCAACCUUGCUUCUGCGCAGUCAAAGUGUUACCCACGGCCUGUUGUGGUUGGCGAGCUUCCUCUGAUGACAAACAAAUCCGACCGCGCAAGUCUGGUGAAGACCUGGAUAAAAUUCCUGGAUCUGCAGCUUCAUCUGGUUCGUUGCAGCCAGCAGAACGGCAUCACCGCUCCGGGGUUGUUUUCUUUGAUGACCUCGGCCGAACCCGAUAUUGUCCAGAAGCGAUGGCCUCUACAGACCUCCUCAGAAGCUACAAUGCAAGAAAAUCUGGCUGCCUGCAAGGAUGUGUUGCUCAAACACGGCCAAAAUUCGUUGCCUUUUACAGAUCCAAAAGAGCGAGACGACGCCUUCACAAUUAUCUGUCUAGACGAGGCACGAGCACUGCUACACGACGAUUCUGACAACAUGUCCUUUCGAGCCCUGCGCGAAGCGGCCGGGAAAGUGUUCGAGGACAACCAAAGUGCGCCGUUCUUCAUAAUCCUGCUCGACACAACCUCUCGUAUCAGCCAUUUUGUGCCGCCCGUAGAGCAAGACCCAUCGAGAAAGUUCAGCGAAAAAACCGUCUUUCCGCCCAUAUAUCGAAUCGAUACUUGGGACAUAUUGGCGGACAGGAGCCCGCACGAUGCCGAUGGGUCGGAUGCCUCUGUGACGAAGCUGUUCUCGUAUGGCCGUCCGCUCUGGGCUGCGAACAUGGAGGCUGGUGACAGCCUCGGCGAGCUGGUACGGCUCGCUGCAAACAAGAUGGCAGGCAACACAGAUGCUCGACUUUUGGCCUUGCUGUCCUGUCGAGUUAAUUUCUACAUCACUUCGCGCCAGCUGGCAGAGACGCUCGUCGCCUCUUGGAUGCGGUAUCUCGUAUCCUUUUCAGACGACAACACCAUGCUUACGGUGCAGCCUAGUGAGCCUGUCCUCGCAUAUGUUUCGUCCAGAGAGCUUCAAGAUCCUGCGGUGCGGCUACGCUGUGUCAAGGCGUGGUUUAGCAACCUGCAGAAGGGCGCCUGCAACCUUGGCGAUUCCGGAGAGAUGAUCGCGGCCCUGGUCCUGCUGUUUGCAGCCGAUUACGUCUCCCGGCCUCUGGAGUCACGACCCCAUUCUAGGAGCAUGAGGGACCUCUGGACAUCCUUCCUUGGAUCUUCGAGCUGGUUGGCUGUCGAGCGGCGUUAUUCGAACGCUCCGAAUAUCGUGCAUACACUCGAGAACGGCAUGAUCUUUUACAACCACUUCGUCCGGACGAGUCACAUCCCAACCAUGGACGACCUAGCCUUGGCGUAUAGACAAGGAGCCGCUCUUUUUCUUCCUACAAACUUUCCAGGGAUGGAUAUCGCCAUCCCGAUCUGCAUGGGAGAUGACGAGGAUCUGGCCAUUCUGCUGAUUCAAGUGAAAAAUCGACAGGCAGAUAGCCCGACCGACGGGCUGAGACGGGCAUUGACAGAGGAUCUGGAAAAGGCCCGAAAGGCGCUUGUCGGUGUAGCCCACCCAGAGUGUGUUGUGCUGGGCCUGGCAAUGUGCCUCCGAUGUGACGGCGAUCCAUUGAUUGAUAUCAAGGUCCCCCCCGCACCGCGCAAGAAGAUACCGGGGACGGAAAAGGCAUCGUCAGUGGCAUCGGCCAGCACCAGAGCCGCGGCGGGAGCACCCUCAAACCUGAUCGGCAUCGUGUUCGGGCUAGGCAAGGAUGUGUAUCCAUGCCUUGGAAAAAUCAAUGCCGGCCGCCCAGAGCAGACGGCCAUGGCUCGAGUCUGCAGUCUAUUUCAGGACAUCCUGGAAAGAUGGCCUGACUUCUACCCGGACAGGGACACACAAUCAGCUUAUGCGAGGAGACUUCUAUAUCCUUUCUAUGGCGGAAAGGAUGGAGAGAAACAAAUCGAAGCGGGGCCGGCAGUCCCUGAGGCUGGUGGCAAUGAGUUGGACUUGUAUGACGAGUAG